AAAAAACAUUACCGUUUGCUGUAGCUCCGCCCCUCGCCAGCAGACGGCAGUAACGAGCUUCCGGGUUUGUUUUGAAACUCGUGGAAGGAAAAGAAGAGGCGAGGUUUUUCCGACUGUUUACAAACUUUAACUACAUAAAGGUGUGUCUGAGGAAGAGCGACCCCAAGAUGCUGAUCCGGCAGCUGACGCGGAGCCUCCUGCUCCGUCAGAUAGAUUGUGGGAAUCGGAUCACAGUCCUGAGGGCACUGAGCGUCGAACCCCAGCCAAAGUCAGAUAUAGCCGAGUUCCGUGAGGUUUUCUCCAAGGCCAAGCACAUCGCCAUCAUCACCGGAGCCGGCGUGAGCGCCGAGAGCGGCCUGCCCACCUUCAGAGCGGCCAGCGGACACUGGAGGAAGUGGAAGACGCAGGAUCUGGCAACCCCACAGGCGUUUUCCCGUAACUCUUCGCGAGUGUGGGAGUUUUAUCAUUACUGGAGGGAGUUAGCGCUGAAGGCUAAACCCAGUGGCGCACACGUGGCCAUCGCCGAGUGUGAGGCCCGUCUCAGACAGCAGGGCCGCACCGUGGUGGUCAUCACACAGAACACGGAUGAGCUGCACCGCCGAGCAGGCAGUAAACACAUCCUAGAGGUCCAUGGAAGUCUUUUCAGGACCCGGUGUCUGAGCUGUGGAGACGUUGACGUGGAUCAUCACAGCCCCAUCUGUGCUGCUCUGGAGGGUAAAGGGGAUCCGGAUCCAAACUGUACUGAAGCUGAUAUUCCAGUGGAAAAUUUACCCAGGUGUGAUGAGCGAGGCUGCGACGGUCUCCUGAGGCCCGAUGUCAUCUGGUUCGGGGAGACGUUAGACUCGCACGUUCUCACCAAGGUGGAGAAAGAGCUGGACGCCUGCGACCUCUGCCUGCUGGUCGGUACUGCGUCCGUCGUCUUCCCAGCGGCCAUGUUUGCCCCUCAGGUGGCAUCCCGGGGCGUUCCAGUAGCGGAGUUUAACAUUCGGCCUCGAUCCAGCAUGUCUCAGUUCACUUUUUAUUUCCAGGGCCCGUGUGCUGAGACGGUCCCCAUCGCUCUCGCACCUCACGAGUCGGAGCUGAUGUGAGACGACCUCCGACCUGCGCAGCGUCCACUGCCCGAGACUGUUAAGAGCUGUUUCAGGAUACAGGAACUUUCUCUGGUUGAAUCAGUUGAAUUUGUCUGUUUAAUAAAACAGAUCAUUACACGUAUUCAUUUAAACGCUGUCUGAGACACAACAACAUGCUUCCACACGGUGCGAUUGUGUACUUUAACCUCGUCCUUUACGUCACUGUGCUUUAAGGUGUUUUAUCUGGAGAAGAAACAAGAGGAGAAAUCUAACAAACACAUUUUAUUUCUCAUCCUCAAAACAAUAACUCAUUUCCAGGGGAUGUAGUAUAGAGAAGUGUUGAUUAUAUUCUUUAGAAACGAUACAUUUCUCUCUUUCCUUUCCUUUUUCUAUGUAUGUAGAAAUAAUAACUUCUGUCCCUUUUUCUGAAAAAAAAAAAAAAAAAAAAAAUUAUAUAUAUUUUUGUGUCCAUCAGUGGAAAAACAGUAAAAAUAAAUAAAUAAAUAAUUAAAAUAAUAAAACUGAUAACUUUGGUCCUUUUCAUGUGUUUUUUUUUUUUUUUUUGAAAGAAAAAAAUGUUUCUCAGAAAUAUUUUUUCCUUUCCUUCUCUUUGCUUUAUUUUCUCUCACUCUCAUCUUUUACCGCUUAUCCGAACUACCUCGGGUCAUGGGGAGCCUGUGCCUAUCUCAGGCGUCAUCGGGCAUCAAGGCAGGAUACACCCUGGACGGAGUGCCAACCCAUCACAGGGCACACACACACACUCAUUCACUCACACAAUCACACACUAUGGACAAUUUUCCAGAGAUGCCAAUCAACCUACCAUGCAUGUCUUUGGACCAGGGGAGGAAACCGGAGUACCCGGAGGAAACCCCUGAGGCACGGGGAGAACAUGCAAACUCCACACACACAAGGUGGAGGCGGGAAUCGAACCCCCAACCCUGGAGGUGUGAAGCGAACGUGCUAACCACUAAGCCACCGUGUCCCCGCUUUAUUUUAUUUUCUUCUUUAUUAAUAAUCAGUCUCUCUUUCUCUUGUUUAGAUGUGACAAAAAAAAAAGAUUUUUAUUUCUUUCUAUUUGUCAGAAGUCUUUUUUUCCCACUACUUGGUUUUGACUUAUAUAAUAAACAGAGCUGCCGUUUUGUAUUUUUAACAACCCCGAAGGUCCUCAAUAAACAUGACACAUGACGA